AUGGGUAACAACCAAUCUUCGGGAUCGUCGUCGCAGCACUCGUCGCCAUCGGGCCACUUUCCCCGUUCGCGAUCGACGACGGCGUCGAGCGUGAAUGGGUCGGCUCACAGCGCGGCCGCUCACGGUCACGGCGCCGUCUCUUCGAACGCGCAGCAUGGCCACGCCAGCGCCGACGUGCCUCUGAGCGACAAGACCGUCGACGGCGGCACGCUCGAACCUUCGAGUCACUUGUUCGCCUCGAGUGUGCAGGACUACUCUCGACCGGUCGUGCACCGCUUGAUCCUCGAGCGCCGCUUGGCGCCGUUCCACCUCGGCCUCGACGAUUACGAGGACGAGUGGACCGUCGAGCAGAUCGUCGAGGCGCUCGAUGAGGCCGAACGGCAGGCCGCUCGCAAGCUGCAGGAUGCGCACGCCUCGGCCGUCGAAGCCGUGAUCGAGGCCGAAGCGACGAUGCAGACGACCCCGUUGGGAUCGACGAGGAAGAGCAAGGACUCGCAAGUGGCCGUGGCGCACGCGACGAUCCAUCGGGAACGACUGGCCGAGCUCAUCAAGCAUCGCGAACGACGGGCGGCGGCGACCUCGAACCGACCCGACCGCGAGGUCGCACGCCAGGAUCUCGCCAAACAAUACCUCGGGAAAGCCGUCGAGUGUCCCAUCUGCUUCCUGUGAGUCGCCGUCGCGGCUCAGUUCAUGCUGCGCCGAGGCGUCCGUCGCUUAGUCAGGCGCGAGCUCUCGUUUACUGUGGACCCGGGCCGUUCCCUCGGAGCCUGAGCCCGAGCCCGAGCCUGAGCCUAAGCCUGAUUGUGGGGCUCGGUUGACUCGUUCGUGGCGCCCGUCACGUUAUCAGCUCUAGCACCUCCCAGCGAACCUGCAGCGAUCAUUAUGAGCUGACGUUGCGUAUGUUCAACAUGCAGGUACUACCCUCCGCCGAUGGUUCAUACACGCUGUUGCGACCAGCCCAUCUGCACCGAGUGCUUUGUGCAAAUCAAGCGUGCCGAACCGACCACGACCCACCUCGAAUCCGAACCGGCGGCAUGUCCGUUUUGCAUGGAACCCAAUUUUGGAUGCGUCUACACAAAGGAGAUGGUAAGCCUUUUGUCGUACCGAAUCGUGCUGCGUGCGACACGCUUUGGCGCUUCGGAGCGACCCGUGCUGACUCGGAAACGCUUCUUUCGAAUUCGACAGGCACCGGCGAGACCGACGGUCGCUCAGAACGAUAGUAAUGGCUCGGAAAGCAGUUUCUCGAUCGUUGCGGGGGUCGCGGAUGAACAAAAACGGCGGCGAAAGUCGUUCGCACAUACGGAGAAGGAGGUCGUCACCACUGGUAAGCUCUCGCGAAUCCGGUCUGUGUCCGUUUCCGCCUCGCGCUCCUCUAAUUCAACGUGCUUUUAUCUGCUAUAUCUAGAUCAAGUCCACCCGGAUUGGGAAGCCAAAGUCGAAGCGAUGCGUGCGACGGUCGCACGUCGGGCCAACCGUCGAAUCGUGUUCCGUCAGGUCGGCGAAAGGCUCAUUCCCGUCGGAGUCACCUCAGGGCGUGCGGGCGACGGUUCGAAUCCGACGAUGAGCUCGAUGCAACUCCCACCUGGAUUCGCUGCACAGGUUGCGGCCGCGAUGGACUCGAGCGCAACGGGUCGAUCGAGUCGAUCGUCGCGAAGGCGGAAUCAGGAGAUGGCGGAGAUGCUGGCGGGUUUAGGGGGACAGGAUCUGGAGGAGUUGAUGAUUGAGGAGGCGAUGCGGAUCUCGAUGUUGGAGGAUGAAGCGCGUCAACGCAAGGAAAGGGAAGAUCGUGACAAGGCGGCCGCAGCCGCCGCUCAAACCGCUGGCAAUGCGACACCCGUGGAACGAAGCUCGCUCGACACAACCCGCCCGUCUGAUGUUUCUGCUCCCGGGCCCCCCUCGACACGAACGAUGGUGUCCGAGGCGAUCAAUGCACCAAUGGGUAAUCUGUCAUUGGGAUCGAACACGACAUCAUCGACAACACCGACCGGCAGUCUCCUCCCCGCAUCUGCUCACGCUGCACCUCCGACACUCUCGGCGAAACCGACCUCAUCGACCGAUACCUCCGCCCCUUCAUCCCUGUCCCCCUCUCGAACAUCACUACCCCCUUCGGCCCCUCCCGCCGUGACGCCCUCGACUCUACAAGGCGGGAGUGCGCUCACGCCGGCCAUCUCGACGGCAUCGUCCGUGUCGUCGAUCAGUGAGUUAUCGUCGACUGCUGGGUUCGAGCCGCUGGGCGAUGGGAGCGAAGACGACACGGACGAUCGAUUAGAGGAAGAUGGUCAACGUCGACAAGAAUCGUCAUCUGAUGCGGGACGCUUGAUUGAUGUUUGA